GCCGCCAUCAUAAAAUUCACCAAGAGCAUUUUCGUCUCGUUCGUUGCCGGCGUUACUGACUGUACCGGUGCUGUGCUAUCAGUGUGCUUUUUUGCAAUUAAUAGUGCAAAAGUUAUCAAAAAUCAGUCUGAAUUGUACUCGUUAGUGAUUUUCUAACCAGAAAAGUGAAUUUUCAAUCUGACACCAUGCCGUACGAUAACGAUAAUGGAAACGAUGGUGGUGCAUUCCACAUUCGCUUGCGUGGUCUUCCGUGGAAUAUCACGGAAAGUGAGAUCCGGGACUUUUUAACAGGAGUUGAUGUUGAGCACAUUCACAUAGGGAUAAAUUCGAUGACAAAACGUCAAACUGGCGAGGCUUUUUUGCGGCUUCCCUCCCUAGACGAUCAAAUCAAAGCGUUGGAUUUGAACAAGGCAACUAUCGGUCAUCGGUACAUCGAGGUCUUCACCAUCACAGAGGACCAGUUUGAGAACGCUAUCAACGACGAAAAUGAUGGCGGUGACGGUGGACCAGUGCUCAAACUGCGUGGUUUGCCCUGGUCAUGCACUAAGGACGACGUGAAGCGAUUCUUCACCGGGUUCACGAUAAAGAAUGGCUAUAAUGGGAUUCUUUUGCUACUGGAUCAGCUGGGACGGGCAUCUGGGGAGGCGAUUGUUGAAUUUGCAACUGACGAUGAUGCCGAAAAGGCGAUGAUGAAUAAACAGAAAGAGAAGAUUGGGAACAGAUAUAUCGAACUGUUCAAGAGCAGCGUACGUGAGAUGAAGUGGGCCGAAAAGCGAAUGCGUCGCUUGAAUUCUUUCGGUCGUGGAAACGAUAACGACAACAGUAACGGCGGCGGUGGUGGUGGCGGCGGUGGAAUGGGCAACAACAACCGCCAACGGUUCCCACCUGGCCAGGGUUAUGGACGAGGAUCCAGCGGAGGAGUUUUCUCGUCGGACGACUUCUCCAGUGGUCCUUCCGGGGGCGGAAAUAGCUGGAGCAGCGGAAACGGUUUCGGUAGCGGCGGCGGAGGUGGUGGUGGUGGUGGUAACAACUUUGGAUCGAACAACGGCAAGAUGGGCGGCGGUCUCGGCGGUAGUGGAGGAGGCAGCGGAAACAUGUACUCCGGUGGGUUGGCCAACAAUACGGGCAACAUUGACAUCUUGAGAUUGUUGCAGGAUCAGUUGAAGCGCGGAGGUGGCACCAACUACGGUUCAGGGCGUAACAAUAACUCCGGCGGUAAUUACAGCAGCGGAGGUUUUGGCGGCGGCAACAGCGGCGGUGGUUUCGGAGGUGGUAACAGCGGCGGUGGCAGUGGCGGCGGUAGUGGAUUCGGAAAUAGUUUUGGCGGAAACAGCGGUGGAGGCGGCGGCGGCGGCGGCGGUAACAGUUUCGGUGGCGGAUUCGAUUCAGACCGUGGCUUCCGCUCUGGCGGCGGAAAUAACUUCAACAGCUUUGGAGGUGGAAACAAUUUCGGCAACGGCGGCGGAAGUGGAAACUUCAAUAGUAAUGACUUCAUUAAAGGUAGCGAUAAUCAGUUCUGUGUGCACCUGCGUGGGAUGCCGUUUAGCUGUGACGAGCAGGACAUUCACGACUUCUUCAUGCCGCUGAGACCGACUAAGUGCGAAGUGCAAUUCGAUUCUAGAGGUCGCCCAUCUGGCGAAGGUGAUGCUUACUUCGAAACAAUGGAGGAAGCAAUGAAGGCGAUGAAAAAGCACAAGGAAAAAAUGGGCACCCGUUACAUUGAGUUGUUUGCCGGAGCACGAAAAAAUCAGAACAAAUUCAUGGAUUGAAUAACUCAGUAACUCAACUUAUAACCGUAAUGACAAGUAGUAAGUUACAGGAAAUUCAUUGCUUAGUGUAAAUGAAAAAAACUCAACUUCCAGUUGUAAUGUGGAACUACACACUGUAUUUGUUUGGUCAAGUUCAAUAUUUACUACUGACAGAUAUAUUCUAGUUGGUAAGCAUUGCAGAAGAUUCACUCUAUCAUUAACUACAAACACCUUCCCGUAGUUCAUAUGUCUAUACAACAUGCACUUAAUUACCCAGAAGGAAAAUAACUCUCCUUUGAUUUUAGCUCAUAAGUUAUGUAAUACGUUUUAUUUGCUGCAAGACGUAAGUGGCACGAUUUCUAGAAAAAAAGGAAUACUAAAACAACUAAAUAAUCCGCAAAACUCAUUUUACUCCAAACAAUUGUAAAUGAAAGACAAAAUUGAUAAAUCAGUCUACUUUUGAAUCUA